GUCUCAAUAACUUUUCUGGAUAAUGGAGUUACAAGCAAGGCAAAACUUAUGUAGCAUUGAUUGUCUGUUCCACAGCCUUUAUUCACAUGAGCAGAUAUCUCUGAGCAGUUGUCAGAUUAUUUAAAACGACCAUAGCCGAGUUUACCUUACAUACGAAGUUCACAAUAAGUUGGCUUCAGAUGUUUUAUUCACCGAUGGUGCCGAACAUUUGCCAAGUCUUUUGGCAUUUGCCAAAUAGAAUGCCUAUGUAUAUACAUAUGCAGGGUUCAUAAAACCAGCCAGUUUGUGCAAUUUUAUUUGUAUUUGCCAAGUGCCGUGCGAGUCCUCAAUGCACUGUCAAUUGUGAUGGGCAUCAGUGAAAUUUUCAUUGCUGCAGCUGCGGUAAUGUUUUUGUGUAAUGGGUGAUCACAAAUCAGUCCCAAAAUACUGUUGCUUCAUGUUAUUUUCGAUCCUUUUCCUCGCAUCAAAAACCUUGUUCUGAUUUUUGUGAUUCGGAAGAGAAGACGCUGAUACAGAUUGUGGAAGACUGUUGGACGAAUCCAUUCCUAACCAACAGUAACAACAGUGUUGCAUACUGGGACCCCCGAGGAAAAGACUGUGAGCCUUGAAAACCUUACACUAUUGAGUACUGAUGUGACCUUUGCCCUCGAAUUCAUAAACAAACAAGGUUUGUCUUUGAUAAUUGGCCUAAUAAGCGGUGGGAAGUGCAAGGGGCAGAUGCUCGCCUAUCUGCUGAAGUCGUUCGUCGAGCUAAUGGACCACGGCAACGUGUCCUGGGACGUCCUCGAGGGGCCGUUUAUCAACACGGUUGCCGGCUACGUGAACAACCAGCCGACACCGCAGGACCCCAAGGUCAUUCAGGCUUCGCUGUCGAUCUUGGAAAACAUCCUAGUCAACAGCACUGGCAAAUACGCCCAGAUUGAAAAGGAAGUGGUUUUCCAAAAUCUUGAGCAGCAUUUACAGACGCAGAACCCGGUCAUUCAACAGAACACUUUGGCUCUCAUCAAUGCGUUCCUAGCUAAAGCAGAUGCUGCUAAGCAGAAAGCGCUUGCAACGAAACUUUGUUCUAAACAAGUCCGCAAUGCUAUUCUCACUUAUAUUAUACAAAAAUCACCAGAAAAGGUCGGUGCAGAGUUAGCUCAUCAACUGUACGUUUAUCAGACGUAUCUGCUCGGCCUGCUUGAACCCAGAAUGAGGACUAAAAUGGAUUCACAGGACCAAGACGCCCACGAGAAAAUCAAGGAAUUGAGGAAAAUCGCCUUCGACACAGAAGGCACUGCCGGCAAUGACUCCCUGGCAAAAAAACAGCUCGGCGUUUACACAAAAGACUACAAAAAGCUUGGAUUUAAAUACGACAUCAACCCGGCUCUGGACUUCACUGAAACCCCUCCUGGAAUGCUAGCUUUGGAUUGUAUGGUUUACUUUGCCAAAACGCAAACAGAGAACUACACGAAGGUUGUAUUAGAGAAUUCGUGCAGAGCCGAUGAACACGAGUGCCCUUUUGGUAGGACGAGCCUAGAGCUUGUCAAGCUGCUCUGCCAAAUGCUACAGAUCGGCGAACCACCAAACGAACAGGGACAGACUUACUACCCGAUGUUCUUCACACACGAACACCCCUUCGAGGAGUUCUUUUGUAUAUGCAUUGUUCUCCUCAAUAAAACCUGGAAAGAGAUGCGUGCUACGAUUGAAGACUUUGUCAAAGUGUUCAGCGUCGUGCGCGAACAAAUCACCAGAGCCCUCGCAGACCACUCGAGCGCCUUUGACAAAUUCAGGAUGCGCCUUCUCUGCCUCACGUACAGCGAGAUAACUUCCCUCUGGCAACAAGAACGCACCACGAGGGAAGAGUGGGAGUCUCACGCAAAGCCGAUUGUUCAGUUAAAAGAAAUGAUAACACCGGAGAUACUAGAGCUGAUACAAAAACAGAGAUUGGCUUUUUUGGUGGACGGUACUCGUUUCACAAAAUAUUCACAAAGAGGGCAGAGAAUUAAAGAUAAAUUCUGGUACGUAAGGUUGUCUCCGAGUCAUAAAGUCUUCCACUAUGGCGACUGUGAUGAAAAAAGUGUUCCAACUGUCGAAAACCUUCCAAAUAAACUAGCCGUUAUUGAUAUUAAAGCUCUCGUCACUGGAAAAGAUUGCCCACAUAUGAAAGAUACCAGAGGCCGAAAGACUACACAUCAGCUGGCAUUUUCUCUUACGUUGGAAUCUGUUGAUGUACAGUCCUUGGACUUUGUAGCCCCUGAUGAACAGGUCUUCAAUUAUUGGACAGAUGGGAUAAAUGCCCUUUUAGGUAACAAAAUGGUGAGCAAAGAAACUGAAAAUGAUCUCGAAACGCUUCUCUCAAUGGAUAUCAAACUAAGGCUUUUGGACGCAGAAGGUAUCGACAUUCCAAAAGAGCCUCCUCCAAUCCCUGACGACCCUCCCAACUACGAUUUCGUCUGUGACAUCAAAUAAAAUCAUAGAGGUCAAAGGCCAUAUUUUGUGAUAUUAAAUUUUAUAUUUAUGCAUAUCCAUUCUAAAUUAAUGAAGAGCAUUUAUUUAGGUGUAAUUUAUUUUGUACUGAUUCAGCCACUCGGCAUGUCAGAAUCGUCAUUUGCGAUAGACUUGUAAUGACAUUUACCGACUUAUAUUUAACAGAAAAAAAAGCAUAACCAAAGUUUUAAUUUGUGUGUUUUUUAGAUUUUACUUUUUAGAUAUUUAUAGAAUCAAUAUCUUAUAUCAAGACAAUUGUGUUUGAAUUAUGGAUCCAUUUUAAUGUAUAUUAUUGGUUUGCAAUAUAGUAUGUGAAUAUAUUUA